UUUACAGUUUACCGUUAUUUUUUUCUGCCAUUUACUCACCAUACGUUUCACAAAUAUUUAAAAAAAUAAAGUCGUUGACACUAUGCACAUAUCUAAUUACUAGUAUGCCAAAGUAGAUAGGUACGUCAUAGAAACAUGAUGAUGGUUUCAUAGAUUUCGUGAUAGAGACGAUAUUUAUUUAUAUUAUGAGAUCGUAACGAUUAUGAGGAGGGCAAUAUAGGGAUAGAACGAAAUUUUUGGUAUAACUAAACGGAAUGUUUCUGUUAUGAUGCUGAUAUUGAUUUGCAUAUAACUCUAGAAGGAGCUACAAUGUCGCUUCUCAAACUUCUAAAAGCACCAAGCUUGCUGUUUAAAAAGGAUGUUAUUACAUUCGUUAUUAUUCGUCGGCAGGAUUUGGGUGUAAUGCAUGAAAGACUUCGCUACAUAGCGGUUAAGCCGUCUGCAUCAAUAUCCAUGCUUAGACAGAAAGUGUGGCAUCUCCUCGACCUUCCUGACUAUUGUGACGAAAUCAUCAAACUCAAAUCACAAGAUGGCAAAGAACUACCAUUAACUGAACUGCGGAAAGGCAACGAUCCACAACAUCCUUAUAUAUUAGAAGUGUGGCUGCCUGGAAAUUCGCAUUCUUCAUCAACUACAUUUCAUAAUAUGAUUACAAUGGGCGAUAGCACAAUUCUGAAUCGAAACACGAGCUCUAGCGGAGAUUUUGAGGAAAAUGUACAUAACGACGCCAGUGCGAAAUCCUUAGUUCCAGGCCAAGCAUUAUCCAACAAAACAAUGCCAGUUAACAAAAUCCAGGAUACCGGAGACAAUCCCCCAAACCUCUUACACGAAUAUAAGCCAGCGGACAUGACAGUUAAGCUAUCUACAUCCUCCAUCUUUUACAAACUCCACGCUAGAAAGAGCCGCGACAAUUUCACCAACAUUUUGUUAAAAAUACAAAACGAUCUUGUCAUUCUUAGCAACAAAUUAUCCAAUUUGGAGAAUAAAAUUCACAUGUAAUUUUUUAGAAAUAAAACAAAAUGUGUCAAAAUAAAGAUUUAUU